CGCAUAAUGGAGGCCGCUCGUCUCUUGCAUCCUGCAAUGUUUAUGCUCAGAUGAAAUGAGGAGCUAACGCCGACACCCACGACCGGAACAUUUUCUCAGCCACCUUUAACUCCCCCCGCCUCCAGUAAGACAACGCCAUGGGGAACACGAGCAGUGAGAGGGCCGCCCUGGGCCACGGGGAAAAGGCCCAACGGAGGGACAGCCGGGGAAACAAAGAGGGGCCAAAGAUCCUGAUGGACAGCCCAGAGGAUGCAGACAUUUUUCAUGGCGAGGACAUGAAGGCUCCUUUGGAGAAAGAAGAGUUUCUUGCAUGGCAGCAGGACUUAGAAGCAGAAGACAAAGGGCCCACUUUAGACCGGCCGACAGUCUUUCGCUGGACAGGCGAUGGAAAAGAAGUCUACCUCUCUGGAUCCUUCAACAACUGGGCCAACAAGAUCCCUCUUAUAAGAAGUCAGAACACCUUCGUGGCAAUUGUUGAUCUGCCAGAAGGAGAGCAUCAGUACAAGUUCUACGUGGACGGCCAGUGGACCCACGACCCGGCUGAGCCUGUUAUAACCAGCCAGCUGGGAACAGUCAACAACAUCAUCCAGGUGAAGAAGACGGACUUCGAGGUGUUUGAUGCACUGAUGGUGGACUCACAGAAAUGCUCCGACAUGUCAGACCUCUCCAGCUCCCCUCCUGGGCCGUAUCAUCAGGACGCUUAUGUUCCUAAACAGGAAGAGAAGUUCAAGUCUCCACCGAUACUGCCCCCCCACCUCCUUCAGGUCAUCCUCAACAAAGACACCGGCAUCUCUUGUGACCCUGCACUUCUUCCAGAACCCAACCACGUCAUGCUCAACCACCUCUAUGCUCUUUCUAUUAAGGAUGGAGUGAUGGUGCUCAGCGCCACACAUCGCUACAAGAAGAAGUACGUCACCACUUUAUUAUACAAGCCCAUCUGAUCCCAGACUUGCGGUGUGUACACAGAGUGUACAUUAUAUUAACGUCAUCUUUUAUUUGUAACCGGACCUUGAUGUAAUCAUGGUCACAUUUCACCUCUUAAAUAUACCCUGACUUUCAGAUUUUAUCCUGAGAUAGAGCUAAUAUAUUAACGAUUAAACGAGGAAUUGAUUUAGUGAAAUUACAACUUAGAAAAAGAAUAUUUUGUUCACUAAAUGCUUCAUUGUAGUUUGCUGAAAGCACCUAAAGUUAGUGUUAUCCGAUCAGUUGAGGCAGGAAAACUAUUAUUCUGCUUUAAAUGGUUACUGAAGUGACCUUAAUCCCAGGGAGGUAAUGCUACUCUUCCUUUUUCAUGUUUCACUUACACUAAAAACAUUUUGCGCAUGAGGAUCACAGAUUAUAAGUAAGAAGAGAUAUGUUGUACACUCCUUAUAUUCUCAUGUGUUUUUAACAUAUCUUAAGUGUCUCCCCAAUCCGAUAUAAUCAGUCUUUCAUGUUUGUUCACUGACAAGCCUCUGUAGUAAUCCAGUGACGUUAUAGCUUAGUACAAUACAAUAGUAAUAAUGAGGGGAUAGGACAGUCAUGUUUGUUACCAAAACAAACACAAUCACCAGGAAGCAGAAUGGAAGGUGGUGCACAUGGAAUGCUGGGAGACUUCCCACGGAUCAACACAAGACUUGAGAAUGUCAAAGAGGAAAGACAAUGAAGGAACGAAAUGCACUGCAGUAGAUUUCCACUGUUGUUUAAAUCUUUUUGUUGACAAUGAUAAUUUAUUUAGUUGUAUUUAUGCAGGACUUAGGAGAUAUUUUCUUUAAUAUAUGUACUUUUAUACGGGAGGGUUACGAAGAAAAACCUUGAAACUUGAUGCUGACUUUUUUUUCUUUUUUUCUUUUUGCUGGUACUAUGUCCGGUCACAUGAUUAAAUAAUAAUUUUAUCAAGUAAAAGAUCUUUUUUUUUUUUUUUAACAUGUAUUAUUGGAAAGUUUUUUUUUGUUUUUAACAUGAAAAAUUAGCCCAGAUCUGUGAAAUCUUCGGUCUGGCUUUUGGUUUGACCCACAGCAGCAAACCAAACUCAACAGCUGGAUUGGAGGCCCAUUUACCUGACAACGUUUCAAGUGAGAACACAGCAAGUUUGUGUUUUCAUUUCUGACUUCAUUUCACAUUUACACAGCAACAUUUUGAAAAGGAUGUUUACAUGGAAGACACAGAAACACUGAAAAUGAUGUAGUUAUCAUGCCAGGCCACGAGUUGGCGCUGUUGUUUGAAAUGAAACUAAACAAUAAGCUAUAAAUAAUUAACAAUGUGGACUGCAGACACUGGUAGGAACAGAUCGUGAAAUUUGAUGACUGCAGAUGCAGCGUAUCAGAAAAGUUUUGUUUUGCUCGUUUCCACUGAACCACAGUGUUUCCCCCAGUUUACACGUUGUGAAGUCUGAGUGUUUUCAAAAAGUUGUGUUUUCAGUGAUUCUGAGCACAGUUGUCUUUUAAAAAGCUGUCAGUUUUCACUUGAAAACGUUGUCCUGAAAAUUAGGCCUCGACGUCGUAAUAACUCUUCACGACCACUUAAAGUGAGAUGAAACGACAGAUGCUGUGCUGUUAUGUUGUCACUUCUGUAUAUUUUUCAACAUUACAUUGUUUUCUUGGUUAUUUUCUGCUCUGUGGCCGAGACGAAGUCACUCAACGACCAAUGUCUGAACUGAUUUUUUUUUUUGAACUUGAGCACUUGCAGCCUGACAAUGUAUCAGAAGAAAUAUCAUUAUUUUUUAUUACAUUUCACAAAGUUUAGAUUCACUGUUGCACAACACCAUGUUUAUCUUGUUUUUAUAUGGAGUGAAUGCACCCAUGUAAGAGUUACAGCCGACAGUCGCUUUGCUGAUAUGGCAUCUUGUGUUUGUGCCAUAGAACAACCAUCAGUGAGCUGUACUACUUUCCUGUGAAGAAAAAAAAAAUGUUUCUGGCCAAUUUGUGGUUGUUUUCUGCCAGAAAUAGACCAAACACAUGCUGGUGAAUGGACCAGUGCGAGAUUUCUAAUGAUCCGCUGCUAUUCCUGAAGAAUAGAGGAGUAGAAUUGGUUUUAUGUUUAAAAAUAAAACAAUAUUAAUGAACAUUGUUGCUGUGCCCCCCCCCCCCCCCAUACGCACAUACAAAGGAAUGAGCUCGUAUUGUUAAUUAUUUUGAUCGCUACAGGGUAGUGGAAGCCAGGAGAGGCUCAGGUCUCACUUGUUUGUGCUCACUCUGCUGUUGUUUUAGAUCUCACUGGUCUGUUGAUGUUAAGAUGUUUAACAUUUAAAUAAAUGGCACAAUCAUUAAAAUGCUCGUUGUUGUUGUUGUUGUUGUUGUUUCUUUU